AUGUAUGUGGCAUUUACCAUCACUUUCCAGAAAAUACGUCAGAAAUUCUUUGUUUGGCAACAGCUGGAACACUCGCACAUACUGCCUCUGUAUGGUACUACGGACGACUUUGAAGUUGUCCCGGCGCUAGUAUGUCCAUGGAUGGAAAACGGUUCUCUCAAUGCAUAUCUGGAAAAAAUAUGGCGUAAGCAGUUACCGCCUUUGUGGCUAUGUGACCUCAUUUGGACGAUACACGAUGAAUCAGUGCAUUCUCAAAACAUUAUACACGGAGACCUUAUGCCUCCUAAUGUUCUUAUGGAUGAGAACGGCAACGCUCUCCUUGCGGACUUUGGCCUGUCGCGCCUGCUGACAGAUCACGAGACAUCUUUCUUCGCAUCUAACAGGCCAGGCGCAAUUCGUUGGGCUGCUCCUGAAAUCAUCAUACCGCUUAAUGCUGAAAGGCCCAACGAAGUUGUUGACCCAAAUCAGGCUAGCGACAUCUAUUCAUUUGGUUGCAUUAUGAUGCAGGUGCUCUCUGGCCGCCCCCCGUACUUCGACAUGAAGUUGGAGCCUCCUGUCAUUGUGGCCAAAUCUCAAGGCGAUCCGUCAAAACGACCCGAACAACCUGCAAUUUCCGAUGUUUAUUGGCGCUAUAUUGAACGAUGUUGGUCGACACAGAUCGAGACGCGGCCCUCGGUUGAUCAAGUUCUGGACUAUAUAAAGGCAGAAUACGACAGACAUAGAUUAUUUUCAAACUGA